CAUUUGUCUUAUUUUUGUCUUAUUGUUUUCUGUGCGAUAACUUGAGAAAGUGGGCUGUGCUCAAAAUAUAAUUUCCUAGUGAUGUUUGGAAGUGUCAAACUAAGAGUAACUGCAGAAUGGAUCAUGUAACAAUGUAAUACAGUAAUUAGAGUAGCAAAAGUACGAAUGGUAAGUACAAAUGUUUAUUUUGGUUGCUUAAAUUUGGAAAAAUCUCUGAGUUGCGGACAUAUAGUUCUAAAAAUAACUGCAGUCAGGCUGGUUUUGUUAUCAUUUGGAUAAGGACCAAAGUCAUCUUAUUCUUAUCUAAGUGUCAGAUGUGUCACGUGUCAGUCUAUACUCGUCUCCCUUCUAAAGUGUAGCAUUUCUUAUAGAACUUAUCGUUACUGCAUCUUAUACUGUAAUAAGUUCUCUGAGUUGUUCUGUGAGUGCUCUUUAUAGCAGACAAUUACUCUACAUGCUGACUAGAUAUGUAUGCAAAUAAUUUGCUUAUCAUAGAGAACUUCGCAGGAAUUGGAUACAUUGCUCAGGGGAAGCUGCAUGACAGUUAGAAGAAGUUGGUAGUCUUCAUAUAGCAUCCUGUGAGCUCAGUCUACACCAUGCAGGUUGAGGAUAUAGUGAUGGACGGCCAUCCUGUGCCAGUCCUCAUCCAGUGUGAGGACACAGGAAACUUUGAACUGGAUGAGGAAGCCUUGGAGAUGGUGCUCUUAAAUCCCAAGAUUGCAGACAAGUAUGUGUGUGUCCUGGCCGUGGCUGGUGCCUUUCGCAAGGGCAAGUCUUUUCUCCUCGACUUCCUAUUAAGAUACAUGAGUUCACAGCAAUCACAAGAGUGGCUUGGUGAUGUAGAAGAGCCACUGAAAGGCUUCAAAUGGCGGCAAGGAUCCAAGAGAGAGACUACGGGUGUUUUGAUCUGGAGUGAACCUUUCUUAAUUAAAAAACGAUCUGGUGAAGAGAUUGCUGUUAUUUUGAUGGACACUCAGGGGACCUUUGACAUACAGUCCUCCAUGAAAGAUUCUACCACUGUAUUUGCUCUCACAACAAUGGUAUCUUCAGUGUUAGUGUACAAUCUAAUGAACAAUGUACAAGAGGACGACUUGAUGAACCUUCAGCUAUUCACAUCGUACGGCAUGUUGGCACAGGAAGACUGCGACACUUCCCACCCAUUCCAGAGAUUGCACUUCCUGGUGAGGGAUUGGGGUUUUCCCUAUGAAGUUCCCUAUGGCCAUCAAGGUGGACAAAAGUUAUUGGAUGAUAUUUUACAGGUAACAGAAAAACAACAUCCGGCUCAUCAAGAAGUUCGUCGUGACCUCCGUAAAUGUUUCCGAGAUAUCAACUGCUAUUUGAUGCCUCAUCCGGGCUUCAAGGUCAUACAAAAAGCAGAUUUUGAUGGCAGAUUAUCAGAUAUUGAAGAGGAGUUUGUGAACCACCUGAAAGUGCUAGUGCCGAGGCUGUUGUCCCCAGAGAAUCUGGUGAAGAAGGAGAUCGGAGGCCAGCCCAUCAAGGCGCGGGACCUCCUCAAGUUCUUCACCCUCUUCAUGGAGGUGUUCAAGGACAAUGACCUGCCAGAGCCUACUACUCUUGUCAAGUUUGCAGCCCAAGCUAGCAGUCAAGCUGCACUGGAGGCUGGCAAAGAGUAUUAUGCAGAGACGAUGGAGGCACUGGUAGGAGGCGACCGUCCCUUCCUCAAGACUGUACAAAUGGAAGCCGAACACAAUAGAGCAAAAGAAAAAGCCAUACAGACAUAUGUAGAGAAAAACAAAUAUGGCCGGAAAAAUAAGUGUGUUCUUGAAAAGUACCAGCAGAUGCUAGAAGAGGAGAUAGAUAAGAUUUAUUUGAAAUAUUCACAGCAGAAUGAAGCAAAAAAUGUCUUCAAGGCUGCCCGCACACCCGCUACCCUCUUCUCGGUGCUCAUGUUCUUUUACCUCAUGUCGGGUAUCUUUGGCCUGUUUGGCAUGUACUCAUUUGCCAACAUGUGUAACUUGGGCAUGGGUGUGUUCCUCAUCAUGCUCACUGUAUGGGCGUAUGUCAGAUAUAGUGGAGAGUACCGUGAUGCUGGCGUGUACAUUGAUGAAUUGGCAACAUUUUUAUGGGAAAAUGUCAUACACCCUGUUUACCAAACAUACAUGGAAAAGCACUUGAAGGAGGCAGCAGAACAAGCAGCGCAGCAGGCACUCACAAGUACACUUACCAAUGGGAAAAUCAAGUCUUCGUGAUCCCCUAACGAGUUCUCGUCACUAGUGAACACGUUUUCUUCUCUCACCUUUAAUGUUAUUAUAGCCAUGUAACAAUAUGGUUUUAUAUUGUUUUUGUUUUUAAUGAUGUAAGAAGAUUGUUAGAUAUUAAUCCAAAAAUAUUUUUUGUGAUAGUAGAGUAAUGGAAGUGUACGUACCCUUUUGAUAUUAUAGCGUAAUAUUUUUUUGUACCGUCUUAAACUGAAGUUAACAAACAGUUUGCCUGAGCCAAACUAGCUGUUAUUUCCUUGAGAUUUUGGUUCUCAGGAGAGUAAAUGGCAGUUUUUUGGUUUUGACAUUAACAAUUAUAAAAUAAAUUAUUAACUGCUUUAUUUUUUAGUGCAUUGCAUUAGAGCAAGUCUGCUAAUGAGGAUAUUAUUUGUGCACCUCACGGAUAUAUCACAAACAGUUCACUUCUGACCUCAGACAAAAUUAUCACCUUUUUUCUUAAAGUGCCAAAUGACUUUAAAAGAGUGCAAAUAUGUUUUGUUUUUCCCAUGAUAUCUGGCUACCAGUAUGUUAAAACAGGUUUUGACCAUUUUACCCAAUUUGUUUUGUAUAUAUAGCAUAACAAUUGUUAUUUAUAUGAGAUCUGCACAAACGAAAGAAUUCCAAGUUAUUAAUUAACCACAGAUAAAAGUGAAACGCUCAUGAUGUUGCUCACUCUAUACGGUAUGUAUAAGUAUUGUUCUGUGGUGUGACACAUUACGGAAUUCUGGAAAAUUUGAGUUUGUUUUAUAUACAACAUUUUAUUAGAGGCAAAAAUGCUUGAGUUCCAAUUAUAUUCUUGAUUUAUGCUAUACGUUUUAAGGUACUUUGCAAGGAAAUAGUGCAACACUUGGUUCCUUAUGGUAAUAAAGUGAGGCUUCAUUAGAUUCUCAUUGUUUGUAUGUUAUUUCUUGCAUUGUCAAGAAGCACAUUGCUUGCAAACCUCUGGUUGUAGUGCAUACGAUACACAACUAGCAAUUGCAAAAUCCUCAUUUCUAUCAGCGGAAGUAGAGAAAAUGCCAUAUUAUUUUAUAUAAUGUUAGAUUCUAGAGAGAGGUGGUCUCUUUGCUGAUAGACAUUUUUUUGCUUUGUGUGCAAUUUUAUCAUUACUUUCUAAUAUGCUAGGAUCUGCUGUUCAGAUAGAAUAUUUUUCUACUAUUAACAUUGCCAAACAAAGUUGGGAGUCAAGUUUCUGAGAAAAAAUAGUUAUGUCAAGGAGUUGUGUUUUUAGGUAUAUGAGGCAUUGUUCUGCCAUUGGCAGUUGAUAACUAGUUAGUUUCUUCAACACUUUAAACAAAAUUUUCAGCUCUAAUUGGCUUGUUGGCCCAGUUGCUUGAAGCUUGUGCUCUGCUUGGCUGGUAUUUGAUUUGAAGUACAGUAAUCAAAUUACAAGUCUUGACCGACUGAACAUCGCCUCCAUUCUGAAGGUUAUUGACGUUCUACACAUAUUGUCAUGACCGCUCAAGGGUUACCAGUGUCUUGUCGCAGGUUUGCACGGUGACUUAAUAUGGACUACCAAAACCGCAAACUUGUUCUUGUUCUCUUCUCUCGCUUUCAGUUUCUAGUGCCUAUCAGCACUAGAUACUUGGUGCAUUCUUUUUACUAGAGAAACUUGUCUUAAGAAAUAGAUUUUUUAUACUUCAUAUUAGUGUGUGCUUUUGCAUCAUGCUGAAAGUUAUAAAUGUGCAGAGUUUAUUCAAGCAAAGCUCUUCUAACAUGUUGAAAGUUUUGACUAUUUAUUAUUUUGUUUAACUUUGCAGGGUUAAUAUUUAUAUGGGAAAUUUUUGAGGGUAGUGUGGUCAGUUGGAAUCUCGUUUUAGUAUGUGCCGCUGUUGUAGAUAUUGUUACUCUAACAUUGUAAAUAGGUGUUGUUCAAGGUGAAUUUACCAACUGGCUGUCACAUGGGAAAGCAGUGGAAUCCAUGUUCAUAAUGUCAGAGGAUUUUUUACCAGUCAUCACAUAAAUCAUUUCUAAUAUAAAACAAACAUUUGUCAAAAGGCAUAGUUAUGAACUGAAAUUAUUAAUACAAGUCUACGAAAAUCUCAGAAUUUUGGAGUUACAGUACUACCAAAAUGCUGAAUGUAAGAGUUGCAUUGUACUGUUAGACUGUAUCAUUGUUGAACUAAAAUGUUUGAUAAGAAAAUAUGUGAUAUAUAGACAUUAUGAAACAAAACUUGGGAUACCACAGAUAGAAAUCUUUAUUUAGGGAUGGGGUUAAUGUUUUAUAGCACAAGAAGAUAGGAAAGCACAGCAAAGCAAGACUUUUCACAUCACUUAAUAUCAGUAAUGCAAGUAUGAAAAUUUUACUGUAUAUCUCUUUCAUAGGAUGAUAUUUUGUAAUUUAUUUCCAAUUAUAUAAUACAAAUGAAUUAUAUUAAGCUAUAGUGUCUUAAAGAAUUAAAUUAUUUUGGCUUUAAAUGUAUUGGUGAUGAUGAUAAUUAUGGAACAAUUUAUAAAUGAGUACAACUAGAAAUGUCUCUUCCUCUUAUGUCAAAAAAUCUGCAUUCAUUUUAUGUUAUAUAUAUUUUAAUUUUAUACACUGAGUAAUAUAAAUAUAUUUCAUCUCUUGGCAGUUUUCCAUAGAAUUCUUUGUUUUACUAGUAAAAAAAUGUAAAUUUUUAUACUUGUAUACACACACACACACUACACUGUACUGUAUAUUGAUUUCAUGAUUUCUUUCUUUUAUGCUUUUUCCGAAGACAAUACAAAUGGCAAAAAGUAGCAUUGUGCUUGUUCCUAACUUGUUAAAGCAUAAUAUAGCUACAUUUACACAUGCUAAUUCCAUCUGUGUAAAUAUAUUCUUUUGUCUGUUGAAAUUAUAGUACAGUACAGGUAUUUAGUUCGUGGGAAGGACUAUACCUGAUUUAUUAUUCAAGUGAAAAAGGCAUUUCUUAACAUUGUACUAACUGGAACUAAAUUAAUUAAAUUUUAAUAUGUAAUUAGGUGUAAUAUGGAAAAUAUGACAUUAACAAAAUUUCUAGUAAGCAUAUUUGCUGCUAAUCUUGACUCCGGAUGUGUGUAGUCACCAUUGAGAAUCUUAUUGCUAAAAAUCUUAUUGUUUGCUAAGAAUAUAAGUUUGCUAAGAAUGUUAUUGUUGUGUGGUUUCUGUGAGGCUUAACACUACCUGUCAUUUUUGUCACCGAGGCGUACACAGUUGUUUACAUGCAUAACAACAAAUGUAAAUACUGUAACAUCUUAAAGUACCACCUCAUUGCACUGCAUAUAUAGUUUGACGAUUUAUUGUAAUCCUUGUACAGUGCUAUGCUCUGCAUAUUACAGAGUAGUAAUUAUUUCAUACACUAAAACUGACAGGGUUUUCUCAGGACAGUUAUUUUUUAAAUUUUUGUACCCAGUUAAGAUUAUUCAGUAUUUGAAGAGUUCUGUUGACUCAGAGUACCAUUAUAUCUUGGAGGGGAAGGGGUAUGGGAUUUGUGCUCCAAGAAGAAUUGACCACAGAUUAUAUCUGGUGUAGGCAUGUGUGGACUAAUCAGUUCCACUAGCCAAGAGCAUACAGGGCUGCCUACUUUUGAAUCUUAGAAACUGAGUUAAUUAUGAUUGACAUGCCUUAAAUAAUUGUUAUUAGUACCACUAAAUGAAAUUGUUGCACAGAUGUUUAUUAUCCUGGUCAGGUGAAGCAAUUUUGUGAUCAUGAUCCACAAAGGGUUUAUUGUCAGAUACUUUGCUGGUGUUCGACAUUACACACAUACAAUAUUUUUUUUUAUACAGGUAGACAUAGCUGUAUGCCAGUUUGUGUUCAAAGUGUUUACCAUAUUAGAUGAUUGUCUAUUAGAGGUAUUUAAAACUUAUGAAAUAAUAUACAGUAAAAUACAUUAAUUAUAAAGAGCUUUCCUGCUGUUGCUUUCAGUUUAAAAUGCCACAGAUAAAACACUCAUUAAGUUAACCUAACUAAUGUGACAGAUUCUGUAUAAUCUGUCUGCAAGUGCCUUGCCACCUUCCGAGGGAUUGUUUGUUAACAGUAGCUUAGUCAAAUAUUUAUGUCGCCCGAGAUGAUCUCUGACACUAGUACUGUAUUAGAUGCUGUUUUCAAAAGCUCGAGUUGACAUAUGAUUUAUUCUAAUUCAUAUUGUAUUUCUUGUAACCUUCGAGCAUUUGAUCAUCUUCCAUGUUUUUCAUUAUGUACGGUUCUAAAAUUUGGAUAUUUUUUAUGUUAAUAAAAUUUAUAUAGA